AUGAGAGAGUCCUCACCAUUACUGGUAAAACUCAUUCCACUGGCUUGUCACAUUGAGCAAUAUCCCAUGAUAAUAGAAGUACAGAUUGCAGCCAAAUCUUCAUUAAACUAUAGCGAUGUAUUGGAUUUGCGAAGUCAGUUAACUGAUGAAGAAGUGACAUUAAUGGAGCAGACCCGUGAUUAUGCUCAAAAAAAAUUACUACCUCGUGUUAUUGAUGCUUAUCGAUAUGAAAAAUUUGAUCCAACACUUAUACCCGAAAUGGGUGCUAUGGGCUUACUUGGAGCUCCUUAUCAGGGAUAUGGAUGUGCAGGGACAACAACAGUUGGAUAUGGCUUAUUAGCUCGCGAAGUUGAAGCAAUUGAUAGUGGUUACCGAUCGACGAUGAGCGUUCAGACAAGUUUGGUCAUUGGACCAAUAUAUAACUAUGGGACUGAAGAGCAAAAAGAAAAAUAUAUCCCGAGGUUAUCUGCUGGCAAGCUUAUUGGAUGCUUCGGCUUAACUGAACCAGAUUUUGGAUCAAAUCCAGCUGGCAUGCAAACGAAGGCGAAAUGGGAUGAAAAUAAUAAAGUUUACAAAAUUUCGGGGACGAAAUCUUGGAUCAGUAAUUCACCAGUUGCCGAUGUCAUGAUCGUUUGGGCAAGAAGUGAUCGUCAUGACAACCAAAUCAAGGGUUUUAUUCUUGAAAAAGGAAUGAAAGGUCUUUCGACACCCAAAAUAGAAGGCAAAUUAUCGUUGCGAACAAGUAUUACAGGUCAAAUAGCGAUGGACGACGUAGAAAUUUCAGAGGAGUACCUUCUUCCGAAUACAGAGGGUUUGGCUGGACCUUUUGGAUGUCUAAAUAAUGCCCGACUUGGUAUCGCUUGGGGUGCUUUGGGAGCAGCAGAAUCUUGUUUUUUUAUUGCACGACAAUAUGCCUUAGAUAGAAUUCAAUUUGGAAGACCACUCGCUCAGAAUCAAUUGAUACAACUUAAGUUGGCUGAUAUGUUGAGCGAAAUAUCUUUAGGUUUGCAAGCGUGUCUUCGUGUAACCCGUCUAAAAGACAUAGGGCAAUCAGUGCCAGAACAAAUUUCCUUUAUUAAGAGGAAUUCAUGUGGUAAGGCUCUUGAAAUUGCCCGUAAAGCCCGUGAUAUACUUGGUGGUAAUGGCAUUAUCGAUGAGUAUCAUAUCAUGCGGCACAUGCUGAAUCUUGAAACUAUUAAUACAUAUGAAGGUAAUCGAAGUUAA